CACGGUCCACGCACGCACAAAAACGGCGCUCUCCUUUUCCUGCUUUUGCCCGCCCGAGAGCAGCUUCUUCUUCUUCUUCUUCUUCCCUGCACGGCAAGACGCUUCCGGUGUCUUCGAAAAACGCCCGCGUUCUCUCUUUCCGCGACGAAGAAGAAGGUGGCGAAGUAAUUUAAUCAAUCGCAGAGAGCAGCGCCCAAGCGCAGCCCAAUCGCUUCCGAUGGCCGACGCGGUUCGGUCGCCCGCUCCUUCCCCUCUCGAUCCUCCUUCCCGCACGAUCUGCCUCGUGUGCCAGAAACAAUUCUCGCAGUAUACUUGCCCUCGAUGUAACUCCCGGUAUUGUUCCCUGCAAUGCUACAAGUCUCACAGUGUUAGAUGCACGGAAUCUUUCAUGCGAGAGAAUGUAGUCCAGGAGCUGCACCACGUCCAAUCGGACGAUGUGACCAAGAGAAAGAUGUUGGACAUACUUAAAAGACUCCAUUCAGAAGAGGAGGAAGACAGUAUGGAUGAGGACGGUGAAGAUUCGGGCCUCUCUGAGGAGAUUAUAGAAAAGAUUUUAUCAGGUGGACAGAUCAGUUUGGACGAUCUAUCUACGGAAGAGAAGAAACGGUUUCACAGAGCUGUGGCAUCUGGAGAACUGAGCAGGAUGAUUGAUCCAUGGGAACCAUGGUGGUUGAACCCUUCUGCUGGAAAAAUACGUCUUAGCCAAGACGGGACUCAGCUUGUUCAACCGCUUGCUAGGGAUGAAGAAUCAGGGUUAUCAGAUGCUGAUACUGGUAGUUCCUAUUUGAGUGACAUCCCUCCUGGCCCUGACACUCCAUUACUGCCACUUAGCAAGCUUAGCUCAACACCGCCCUCUCCACUUCUAGCUGUUCACUUGGUCGACAUCGUAUAUAGCUACUGUUUCACGGUUCGCCUCUACAAUGGAGAUUGGCAGACAGAUGUGGUGGGUUCGUCGAUGGUCCUUCUGGGUGUGUCUUCUGUCCUGGGUCAAAGUGGGCAGCCGGAAACCAUGCUUGAAGCUUUAUCUUAUUGCCUAGAGCAGACUUGUUCUCCAGCUUAUCGACAUGUGGGUGGCUUAAAAUUUGGGAUAGCUCUUAUAGACGAUGUCGUGAGCGUCCUUUCUCUUGGAACCCCUGCUUUAAUCUGCCUUCUUAGCGACCUUCAGAGGCUUGUUCAGGCUGGAGAGAGGGAAUUGAAGCUAGAGAAGCCGAAGAGAUCAAGGAGGACAGAAGUCAAGAAUAAGCUUAAGCUCGCCGAAAGGAAAGUUUAUUUCAUCAUGUGUUGGGUCCAUGAACAGCCCAAGGAGGCUUGGACUUCCUUAGCAACAAUUGUAGCUGCCGAGAAAAAGGCAGCUCUCGUUCAUGAAGACGGCAAAAGGGUAGAAAAAAAUGGUGAUAAAGGCGUAAUCCGGGGAAAGACUUUGAUCGAGGAGGUCGAGUAGUGCCGCAUUAUUUGCCUAGAGUAUUGACCUUUUGCUGGCGGAGUUUCUUUGAAGCCGCCAUUCCAGUGCAACCUGUCAGUUAGGUGCACAUCUUGUCUAUGUCGGGAUCUCAGGAAAGAAAUCUGAAGAUCUUUACGGUUUCUUAGUUUUUGUUGGUUGGGAUGCACACGACAGAAACCGAGGCGAAAGUCUCUGGGAUCAAGAGCGAAGAAUGUAGUGGAGUUGUCUAGCUGUGUGUGUUGAUUCGCCAAAAAGUUAACCAACUUCGUGUUAAACUGAUUAAGCAACUGUUGCUUUCAGCUUCAGGUGAUACCGCGAUAGGCUUCUGGUUCUUCAUUGCUGCAGUAUAAAUUACAGGUGAGAGAUCUUAUCUGUAUCUAGGACUCUCGAGUCUGGAAACAAUAUAUGUCCAUGGUCGAGCUAGAUUGAAAUUCUUGAAAUUUUCCAAUGGGAACCAAAUGAAGAAAUCCUUUUCUGUACGGCAAA